CCAGGGCAGGGCAUGCUCUCCAGCCUUUCUACUUUUUCUUUCCUCUACAUCCGUGUUUUUCCUUCUAGUUCAUUCCAGAGCAGAGCAGUUUUGGAUUUUUUUUUAUGAGCUUUCUUUUUUUUCCUCUCCCUCCUCCUGGUAGCUGGACCGCUGCCAGGGCCAAAGUUUUAUCUAUAGGGAUCUAUUUUUCAAACCAGCCCAGCUGCACGCAGACAGCCUGCGAUUGAAUCCACACUCCUGGGGCAAGUUUAACUCGGGAGAGGAAGAGCAGCAGGAGUGCUGUUUGUGCCUCUCCUUCAGCUAUUCCUGUCAAGAUGGAUUUAUGACUUUAAAAGGCGGGGGGGGGGGGGAAGGAAAAUUGCCUACAGGAGCCAAAGCUUACACCACAGCCCAGCAAAACACACAUAAAGAAGCAGUCGGAUCUCAAGGCAUGAGCAGCAUAAAAGUGGCACCCUGAGAUCUGGCGGAUCCUUGCACAUAAUAUGACUGAUCUUAAGCCUUUCAUCUGCCUUCACAGAGCCGAGCUUUUGGAUUUAAGGUAGUUUGCCCAGGACCAGACUUUGCUAUGUUGGCCAAGACAGUGCUUUCUCUUGGUCUGUGGCUGCAGUUUGCUGUGGGACAGAACACACCUGAGAGAGGUCCCCAGCUGCCUAUUUCCAAUUCAGAGGGGGACCUCCUCUUCUUGCUGGACAGCUCUGGCAGCGUCUCCUACUAUGAGUUUUCCAGGGUUAAGGAGUUCAUGUGGGACCUUGUGCAGCCUUUCACCUUUGGCCCCAGAGAUGUCCAGACCAGCAUCAUCCACAUCAGCACUACGCCCACCAUGGAGUUCCCUUUCAACCGGUACCUGUCUAGCGGGACUCUGCAACAAGCCAUCCGGAACACUCGACAGCUCAUGGGUGACACUAACACAGGCAAAGCGCUCUCCUAUGCCAAGGAGUUGUUCUUCAGUGAUGAAGCUGGAGCCCGGCCAGAUGUGCCCAAAGUGCUGGUUUGGGUGACAGAUGGUUUCUCCACUGAUGAUAUCUCUGAACCCAUGCAGCUCCUGAAGGACAUGGGAGUAACAGUCUUCAUUGUCAGCACGGGACGGGGGAGUUACCUGGAACUCUCUGCUGCCGCCAGCCAGCCUCCUGAGAAGCACCUGCACUUUGUGGAUGUUGAUGACCUACCCAUCAUCACAAAGGAGCUUCGAGAUGCUAUCCUAGAUGUUACCCGAGCAAAUCGGCUCCAUGCAGGAGAUAUCACCUCAAGCAGCUUCCGUCUGAUGUGGCCCAAACUUCUCUCCCAGGAAACUGGCUACUACACCCUAGAGUAUGCCCCAAUAGAUGAUCUAGCAAAGAAGAGGACAAAGCAAGUGUCUGGGGCUCACACGAGCCUCACGCUAAGCAACCUUGCACCGGAAACUACUUACGAGGUGGUGCUCAUUCCUGAAUCCAACGUCCACUACUUCUCUCCUCAGACAACAAGGGUUACUACACUGGCAGAGGAAAUAAGCCCAGCUCAGGUUCUCAUCUCAGAGUCUGGACCACACAGCUUCCACGUUAGUUGGGCUCCUAUGCUGGACAGUGUGAUCGGCUAUCAGAUCCUGUAUGGACCACUCCCUGGGAACUCAGUGAAGCUGCUGGAGGUGGAUGGCGAGCACAACAGCACUGUGGUGGAGAACCUGGCACCCAAUACUACCUAUCUAGUGACAGUGACUUCAAUCUACAAAUCUGGAAAGGAGAAAUCCCUGUCAGCUAAAGCAUGCACUCAGGAAGAGGGCUCCAAAGUGAGGCACCUUCGCUUUGAAGACAUGGGCCCCAAUGCCCUGAAAGCCUCCUGGGACUCUGCCGAUGGGCAAGUCCUUGGUUACAGAGUCAGAUGCCGGCGGCAAACUGGCCCUUCAUCUGUCAUCAGCGUUUCACCGCAGAUCCACAGUGUGCUUCUCACAGACCUGGCUUCAGGCACCACUAACAAAGUGUGUGUGAAGCCCAUGUACAAGAACCAGCCAGGCAAAGGGCUGUGCCGCAUGGUGUAUAUGCAGCCAGCUACAGAGGCCCAAGGAUAUAAGCACAGACAGACAGCAUGACAGACUCUGGAGUGAAGCGAUUCCUGGCAGAGCAAGGAAUCUUGCUUGGACAAAGACUUGGACAAAAAGAAGGGGUCAGGGGAGGAAACCGGGAAGCUUGCAGAUCAUCUCCCAGCCUGCACUGCCCAUUGAGGUGUUCUGGUUAUCAAGUCCAAAGGCUGUCCCUCAGCCAAGUUCUCCCAAAGCUUAAAGGUUUGGCUUGGCUGGAUGGAACAACCAAUCUGACUAAUAGAUCCCAAAUCUGUACCCUCUUUUGUAUAAAUAUGCCUGACAGAUAACAUCCCAAAUGCGAAGUGAUGACUCUUCACUACUGCUUGCUUACUGCCUGUUCUCUAUUUAUUAAAUGUUGAUACAGUUUUAUUUUUGCAGCUCAUGAGCAUGUUCAAGACUCACCUGUUUACUGCCCUGGCCUUUCAUUCUGGGUACCUGUACUCAGAGAAAGUUUACCUGUGGCCAAAUCCAUUCCUGCUGACAACAGCAUUGAAACGACACACUUGACAAAGAGCAGCUUUCCUCUAACUCAUCCAGCGUAUUCAACUGGUGGCUCAAAUUAGGCAUCCCAAAAUUACAGGAUCUCAGGGAUGGAAGGGAAAAGCAUUAGGAGAAAGGAGAAUAACAUAAUACAAAAUGUACAGUAUGCAGAGGAGGUUGGGUCAAAGACACCAGGAUUUCUGAGAAGAGGAAGAAAAGAAGUUGUUAAUCCACUUGACCUUUGGCCAGGACAUGAAGACACUUUAUAAAAGACGUCCUGCCUCUUAUAAAGUGCAAGGACAGUUUAGUGUUCCCAGAUGGUCUUUGGUUUGUGGCAGAGCUUGGUCAGUGAACUCUGAGAAACAGAACGAUAGGGCCAUGCCACGCCAGGGCUGAUGAGCGCUGUCAGAGUGCUCGAGCACAAAAGUGUGCUUGCUGUCUGCCUGCUGAAUUCUUGAGUCCCAUCAACACUGUUCCACUCUCCCUCUGGCACUGGUAUUAAAUUCAUCUGCUACAUACAGAUCCCAGAUGAACUUUGAAGGGUUCAGUUCACCAAAGACAUUUGCCUUGGGAUUUGGCAUCAGUCUGAGAGAGCAGAAAACUCAAGAAAACUUGGGAAUUUGCUUCCCCAGCAGCUUACUCAACUCAGGAGCUCUCAGCCCUCAGCUGAGCUCAAGGAGCAGCAGUGAGUCAAGAAAAGCCAGACUGCAAGACCAGAUAAAGCAGUUAUUUUUGUUUCUCAUUCAAAUACACACCUCUAAACAACAGUGCCUGGACCAUGACCACUGAAUUACUGUGGCAUGCCUGCAGUACCUGCAAACACCUAGUGCAUCUUCAGUGUCUUUGUCCUGGGCUUCCACCCAGUGCUAAGCUUGAGCUACACUUAAAAAUCAGGUUUUUAAGGGAGAAGAGUAAAUCUGAUUCUUUCCCUUUGGCCCCAGGCUUGAACUUGCUGUCACUAAGAGCUACUCUUUGGAAAUGGGAGCUGGAAAUGAAAACCAAACAAACCAAAAGACAAUUUUAACACCUAGUGACAAAGCCAUUGGAGCAGCAUGGUUCCAAAGUUCGGGGCUUAGGGCUGUAAAGAAAUGUAUAUACUUUUCUGGUAACCAAACCCAGCAUCAGUGGGAACAUCUUCCCUCAGUAACCAUUGCUCUAUUUUAAAUUUAUUGCUUAUUUGUCCUACACGUGGAACUUUUUUGUUAAAUCUGCGUGGUAUGUUGAAGAGCCCCCAUGUAGCGUCACUCCAUCCCGCAAACCCUCCGUUAGCUCUGCUUAUGGACAUCUUACAACACCUCCUUUCGGAGCUGAGAGGAAGUUUGUCACUGACCUUGUCUCCUGAGUGCUGAAUUCAUCAUGUCUAGGUUUAUGGAGCAUUUGCCUUGGUCUGUCUUCUUGUUCAGGAGGAAGGAAUAGGAGGGAGGUGAGUCAUUCAUUAACCCAAAAUAAGAUUUUAUAUGAUCUGUGUUCUCAUUUGGAAUGUGCAUUUGUGACUGAUCAAACUUAAUGGGGACUCCGUGCUGAGGGGAAGAUAAAGCCUCUGGAAUUUCUCAUGCAAUAAGAUAGUCUUGUUUGUUCUUGCUGUAGGACAGAAAUUAAUUUUGCACAACUCCCUGCAUAGUUUACUAAUACAUUAAUGUGUCAUUCCACCCCAACUGUAAUGCAUCCUUUUGAAGACAAUUAAAUAUACAAUACAAGAGCUA